CCUUCAUCUUACAUUACAUUCCCUGUACUUCAAAGCUCUCAUCUCUAAAGCUAUAUCUCACACAACUUGAUCCGUAUCCCUGAUUCACCCUUUUGCAAGCUUCAAUCCCUCGAUAUCAUUCGCCAAUGGAGCUUCUCGAUCCCGCAACGGGCACCGCCCUUCCAAACGACGCCAUCCAGCGCAUUCUCUUCGUCGCCAAUGCUGUUCACGUCUACAACAUUCCUCCCCUGACCUCGACAAAGGGAUACUCUGCUAGCACAUGGACUGCCGAGCCCCAGCGCCAUAUCUUCACUGCUCGUCUUCGCGUCGUCGAGACCGCCUACGAAUCUGCCUCAUCUACCAACCAGCUCAAAGUUGAUGCCGUGCUGGAGGAUGCAUCAACGGGUCAGCUUUUCGCUGCGGCGCCAUACACCGCUCCCGGUGUCGUAGAGCCAGUUCUUGAUAGCAGUCGCUUCUUCGCUCUGACAGUGCGCGAUCCUCAAGGGCGAAAGGCCAUUCUAGGCAUUGGGUUUGAAGAGAGGAGUGAGGCUUUUGAUCUAAGCAUUGCGCUACAGGAGGCGAGGAAGGCAUUGGGUUGGGAGGGCGAGCAGAGCAAGCCGUCUGCCACAAAAGAGCAAGAGGAGCACAAAGAUUACAGUCUCAAAGAGGGCGAAACCAUUACAGUGAGCUUUGGUGGGUCAAAAUUUGGAAGGAGGAAGCAACAGGACAGUUCAAACACAGGUUCAGGAGCAGGAGGAGAUCUUCAGUCUUUCGCACUUCCACCACCACCUGCUGGGCCUUCUGGAGGAUUCUCAUUACCGCCUCCGCCAAGUGCCAACGACGUUAAGCAGCAGAAACAGUCAGCCAAGGAUCUUGGAUUCGACGACGGUCAGUUUGGAGAGUUCGCUUAAAGAGGCAACAUACACAAGGGUGCAUUAGCGAUAUGAUUUUGAAACAUACAGUAUAUAUACCAAACUAAAAACUUGCUGAGG